UCCUCCUUUAUUGUUUGUUUAUUUUUCCGCUGCGCGGCCCGGAAGCAUGUCCGGCAGACCCGGGUUCUACCGGCAGGAGCUGAACAAGACGGUGUGGGAGGUUCCGGAGCGGUACCAGAACCUGACGCCGGUGGGCUCCGGGGCUUACGGCUCUGUGUGUUCAGCUUACGACGUCGUCCUCAGGCAAAAGAUUGCGGUGAAGAAGCUCUCCAGACCUUUUCAGUCUCUGAUCCACAGUCGACGCUCGUACCGGGAACUCCGGCUCCUCAAGCACAUGAAACACGAGAACGUGAUCGGGCUGCUGGACGUCUUCACGCCUGCUGCAUCGCUGGAAGACUUCAACGAACUCUAUCUGGUGACUAAUUUGAUGGGUGCAGACCUUAACAACAUUGUGAAGUUUCAGAGGUUGUCGGAUGAACACGUGCAGUUCUUAAUCUACCAGCUUCUCCGUGGCCUCAAGUACAUCCAUUCAGCAGGACUGAUCCACAGAGACCUAAAGCCCAGUAAUGUGGCUGUGAAUGAAGACUGUGAGCUGAGGAUUCUUGAUUUUGGCUUAGCCAGACAGACAGAUGAUGAGAUGACGGGAUACGUGGCGACCCGCUGGUAUCGAGCGCCAGAGAUCAUGCUGAACUGGAUGCACUACAAUCAGAAUGUUGAUAUCUGGUCAGUUGGUUGCAUUAUGGGAGAGCUGCUGAAGGGAAAAGUCCUUUUUCCCGGCAAUGACUAUAUUGACCAGCUGAAGAGAAUCAUGGAGGUGGUUGGGACUCCGACACCAGACAUGUUAAAAAAGAUCUGCUCCGAACACGCCCAGAAGUAUAUCCAGUCUCUGCCCUUCAUGCCUCCGCAAGACCUGGAGAAAAUCUUCAGAGGAGCAAACCCACUAGCGGUUGAUCUCUUGAAGCGCAUGCUGGUUCUGGACUGUGAUGAAAGGAUCUCGGCCAGCGAGGCUCUGUCCCACCCUUACUUCUCACAGUACCACGAUCCAGAUGACGAGCCAGAGGCGCCGCCUUACGACCAAACACUGGAAAGCAAAGACCGAACUCUAGAAGAAUGGAAAGAGUUGGUAUUUGAAGAGGUAAAAAGCUUUAAAGCGCCCGGCAGCAAGACUGAUAGCCUUCAGGUGGAGCAGUAAGCGUCUCUUAGCUCCACCUCGUC